CUCUGAUAAUUCCAAGCGAACUGAAGAGCCAAAGAUGUAAACGUCGAUGAAAUUAUUCCCAUAAUUAUUAAUUUCAAUCUGCAAUGAAGUCAAUUCCAACAUUAAGCUUACAGAGUUUCUACAUUAAGUAAGUUUCAUCAGCUGUGGAUUUUUGACAGUGAGCAGACGAAAUAAUCAUACGUGGUUUGUUGUGAUCUUAAUUUUACUCUUUUUGCCAUUAUAUCGAAUCAAAGUUUUUGCAAAAAUGUCCGGAAAAGUAAAAACAAAACAGGAGAAGACUGGUGAUGUUAUCGCCUACAGCGAAAUGGCUGUGAGAAAUAAUGCAGCAGUUGUAGAAUAUUGUAGAAUAUCAAUGGCCGCAUUGUCUGGUGGUAUCGCAGGUCUUUUAGGUUUAACCAGUUUAUAUGGGUUUGGAUUUUACAUUUUUGCAGUCAUAGGAUUGUGGGCAAUGCUUCUAAUGAAGGCAGGUGGGCAGUGGAAAAAGUAUUUUAUCAGCAGGCGAGCUUUAUUGACAAAUGGUUUUUUCGGUGGAUUAUUCACGUAUGUUUUAUUCUGGACAUUCCUCUACGGUAUGGUACACGUGUACUGAGACUGCAACUAUUUUAUUGAAAAAAAUUUUUUUUCUACAUUAAAAAUCUUUCUUUUUAAGACACAAGAAUAAUUCUAUCAGGGAUCUUCGCUCUAAUAACAAAGAGUCAUAUAUAUGUGUUUCUCAAAAAAUAAUAAUUAGACAAAUUGAUGUAAAUAUGUAUUUCACUGCGCAAUCCAUAGGCGAUAAGGUAGAAAUAAUAUAUAUUCCGAUAAUGUGGAGUUUUCACAUUUUAUUUCUUUCAUAAUGUACAAUUUUAAUAAACGUCAUUGAUAAAUA